AUCCUUCGUCACAGCCGAUGACUCUAGCCGAACUCUCUUCCCCCACCUCCGCAUCUUCGUCACAUCUCCACAGUAUAAUGAGGUUUCUUGUGCACCAGGGAGUCUUCAAAGAAGUCCCCACAAAAGAUAUUGUCUUGCCGCAGGCUACACUAACACGCUACUCUCUCGCCGUAUGAUGAUCACUAAACGUGACGGCAAGUCAAUGGCUCCUAUGCUUCUCCUUGAAUCAAGUCAAGAGAUGCUCGCUCCAUGGUUGAAACUGAGCUCAACCAUCUCUUCGCCGAUCAACGGUUUGGUUCCGCCUUUCGAUGCCGUGCACGGUAAGGAGUUGUGGUCGUUCGCAAAGGACAAUCCGCGCCACAGUGAACUGAUUAAUGAGGCCAUGGCUUGUGAAGCAAGGCGCGUGGUGCCACUUGUAGCCGGAGCUUGUCACGGCUUAUUUGACGGCGUGGCUAUGGUGGUGGAUGUAGGAGGCGGCACCGGAGACACGAUGGCGAUAUUAGUUAAGGAGUUUCCUUGGAUCAAAGGAAUUAACUUUGAUCUUCCUCAUGUUGUUGAAGUUGUUCAAGUCUUGGACAAUGUUGAGAAUGUUGGAGGAAAUAUGUUUGAUUCCAUACCUGCAUGCGACGCUGUUUUCAUCAAGGUUAGAUUCAUUGCAUAUAACUUUAAUUCAUUUGAUUAAUUAUUAGUAUUCACUAAAAUCAUUUAUAGUGAUUUCCAAAAAAAAAAAAAACUUACAUUUAAUUAGUGCUUGACUCAUUUUAUUUUAGCCUUUUAAUCUCUUACAAAUGAAUUACUACUUUAGCACACGCUGUAUAACACCUAUCAAGAACACCUAAUUGGAAAACAAUAAACCAACAUUUGUUUCUUUAUUUUUAGAAACUACUUUUGAGAAACUAAAAUGAGACAUUUAAAGAAAAUACAUCUGAGAAUAGAAUGACAAAAUGGAUUAUUAUCAUAUUAUAUAAUACAUCUCUUUAAGUUUUUUUUUUUAAUAUCAUCAUUAAACUAUUUCCCUUAAGUUUAGACUAUACUAUAAAACAGUAUACGAACUCUUUAAGGGAAAAAAAUAUAUAUUAUCAUAACAAUUAUAAUAAAUGGACUUCUAAGAAUAAAAAUUUGUGAUUAAUGACGACAGUCAGUGUUACACGAUUGGGGAGACGAAUACUGCAUAAUAAUAUUGAAGAACUGUAAAGAAGCCUCCCACCAAAAACUGGAAAAGUAUUAAUAGUGGAACCGGUGGUCGGAGAAAAGAAAAAAACGAUGAUAAUGGAAGAGAGAUGAGAAAUUAGAGUAUGUGAGAUUGGCGCUUGAUAUGAUAAUGAUGGUUCAGACAAGCACAGGCAAGGAAAGGACUCUGAAAGAGUGGGACUUUGUCAUUAAAGAAGCUGGCUUUGCUCGAUAUGAGGUUAGGGAUAUCGAUGAUGUUCAGUGGGUUAUCAUUGCGUAUCCCUCUUAGAAGAAGGAUAUAAAGAGUCAAAUGCAAGCAGAGGAAGGGCUCAACAACAAAAAGCAUUUGAGAAAUCUCAGGAAUAUUUGUGAAAAUUGUUCUGUGGAAAGAAAAUCUACAUCUAAGUGUGAGUGUGAGUGUGAGUGAGAGUAUGGUGUGGAAUCUUUUUAUUUUUGCGAGAAGUUUUAAUGGUUUGUUUUGCUAGUCGUGUUGUAUUUGUGAUUUGCCAUGUUUUUCACGUUUUUAUGUCUCGGUUAUUGUUUGUUGGCAUAAGAAUAGGUAUGUAUAAUUAACGUACUUUUUUUUUAAUUGUAGACAUGUUUGAUAGAUGAUACAUGCAUUUAUUUAUUAUCUUUGUACUCCAAUCCAAAGGCAUCAUCGAAAUAUUUUGUCAAACGUCAUUCCAAAUUUGUAAAAUCAAAUUAACGCAAAUAAUAAUUAAGAACUGUGUUUAAAUUUAACAAAAUAAAAUUAAAAGACUCUGCUUUUCAAUAUAAAGAUAGCAUAGCUACAUUAAUCUUAUAAAACCCCUACAUCGGCACUUAUAUUUUAAUAUCUUUACACAGUUAUUUGACAAAAACAACAUCACUAUACGAACCUUUUUUGCAUUUUAAUUUCAAAUUUUAUGGAAGGAAACAAGGGAGGACAAUCCAUGGUUCAAACCAAAUACCAAACAAAUUUAACUUGGCCUGAUGACACGUUGUAACGACUGUAACUUGGUUGGAUCAUUAUUCUAACAAAAUGCCGUGACGAUAGACAUUUGGCUAAUUCAUCAUCUUGACGGUUUGUUGUGACGACAUGCGCCACUUCGCCAAAUCAUCAUCAUGUGACUUGUUGUGACUAGUCAUUUCGCCAGUUUAUCAUCUUGACGAUCGUAACAACCUUUGACUUAGCUAGAUCAUCAUCCUGAUAACUUGGAGUGAAAACAUGUUAUAUUGCCAGAUUACCAUCCUUGCAAUAUAUCGUGACCACCAGCCACUUGCCUAUAUCAUCAAGAUCAUUAUUAUGACGACAUAUCACUUGGCCAGAUCAUCAUCUUCAUGAUUUUUCAUGAAGAUCACUCAUUUUGCUAGAUCAUCAUCGCAUAAACAUGAAGUAACGAUAUAACUAAUACAUUAAUUUUAUGUUCAUUUUAAAGGCUCAUUAAGAAUAAUUAAUAUUUUUACUAUUAUAUUUUGGAUAUCCAAAAAAUAAGCAUUUAGUUUCAAUAUAAUUUUAUUAUAUGGUGAAACAGGUUAUAAUUUAUAUAUUUAAAGAUUGUAAUUUAUCAAGAGUUAUGCCAUAAAACAUCACUACAAGAAAACACAAGCUUAACGAGGAAAUUUAACGAGGAAAAACAAUCCUCGUAAAUUUACCUCGAUUUUACGAGAAACUUACGUGGAAAAAUAAUGUCAUCGUUAUUUCCUCGUAAAGUAACGACAAAAGCGUUUCGUCGUAAAGUCGAUGUAACUUGACGUGUCUUUUACGGGGAAAUACUAUUUCCUCGUAAAUACGACGUAAACUUCACGUGUUAUUUACGAGGAAAUAAUUUACGUGUAUUUAGCGAGGAAAUUUUGAAUCCACCAACUUUGUAGGUGUUACACGUUUU